AUGCCAGCGCACCCUGUGCAGCAGCAAGCGGCCGAGUGGCGCGAAGCCGCUGAGGCGCUGCUCUCCAGCCCCACGCUGCGCGAGGCGCCGCUGAGCCCUCAAGAGCUGUCAAUGGUGACCGACGCGGUGGCCCAGGCGCUCGCGCGCACCGCUGCUUCGCCGUCGCGCCUGGCCACUGAGCUGGCGCAGCAGCAGCAGGAGUGGCAGCAGCUGCGAGGGCAGCAGCAGCUGCAACAGCAGCAGCAGCAGCAGCAGCAGCAGCAGCAGCAGCAGCAGCAGCAGCAGCAGCUGAGGGAGCAGCAGCAGCUGCAGGAAGAGCAGCGGCUGCGAGAAGAGCUGCAGCUCCAAGAGCAGCAGCUGCAGGAGCAGCAGCGACUGCAACAGCAGCAGCCGCAUCAGGAGCAGCAGCCGCAGCAGAGCCAGCAGCAGCUGCAGCUGCAGCAGCAAAACGUCCCCGCCAUCGCCGUGACGGCGUCGUUCUCCGACCUUCUGGGCGCCAGCAGCGCCGCCCAGGCCGCCCUCGUCGCGCGCUUCGGCGCGCAGGGCCGCCUGGCGGCCGUCGCCGCGCCGCCGCCCAGCCCGCAGACGCGGCCUGCGUCGAGCGGGGCCUCUCCGAGCUCACCAGGCACUCCCCUGGUGCUGGCGGGCGGCAGAGCGCCCACAGGGACGCCGGAGCAGGCACCCAACCCUCCGGCCGACCCGGCCCCCGACGCAGCGGCGGCCGCCGACGCGCUGGCCGGCGCGCGGCGCCGCUUUGCCGGCCGUGAGUCGGGCGGGGGCGCGGGGUGCGGGCUGUUGGCUCGGGAGCUCGAGUGGAUGCUGCAGGGGGACGCCGGGGCACAGACGAAUUUCGCACUUUCGAGCCCCGUGCCGGCCCAGCGCGAGCGGCCGCAUCAGGCAGGGGGGUUGGAGGACGGCGUCUCCGCUGCCGCGCUCCAUUCAGGGCGCCUGAUCAGUGGCGGCGGGAAGGCUAGAGGCAGCAGCUGCGGCGUCGGGGCCGGAAGCAGCGGCGGCUACGCAGCUGCAGCCGCAGCCGCGGCUGCUUCCGCCGCCGUUGCCGCCGCUGCUGACGAGGUGCCUGGCUACAGUCAAUAUGUAAUCUCUUGUGAUAGCGCCACCGGCUCAGAGCAGCACCGCGCGCCGGCCCUGGCGCCGCUCCCGCGCGGCGCACCGCCGUCCGCCGCUGGCGUGCAGCAGCAGGAGCAGCAGUGGUCGUUUUCCGGGGGGACGCCCCACGCGCGGCCCGGCUCCUUUGGUGACUCCUGCGACUCACAGGGCCGGCCAUUCUCCCUGCUUGCCGGCUCCAUGGCCGCGCGCCCCCCACCCGCCGCCGCCCGCGCGCC